AGCAUCUUGUCAGAGGGGAGGGCCAGGGAGAGAGUGAGCAUCCUGUCAGAGGGGAGUGCCAGAGAGAGAGUGAGCAUCCUGUCAGAGGGGAGGACCAGGGUUGUUUCAAUAGUCUUAAGCAGCUUCCUCUCCCUCGUCUGGCUCCCCUUCAUCAACCAACUGUGCAAGUGAAAACAGAACUUUGCCAGCACCCAUCCACCACAGCUCUCAAACUCAACUCUAACCAGGCCUCCUGGUGCUGAUGGGGUCCAGAGCAGAGGAAGUUUCUGUUGAAGGCAGCAUAUCCAUCAACUCCACCUCCAACCCUACUGAUACCCCCUCUACAGCCAGCCUGAGCCCCUCUACAGCCAGCCUGAGCCCCUCUACAGCCAGCCUGAGCCCCUCUAUAGCCAGCUUGAGCCCCUCUACAGCCAGCCUGAGCCCCUCUACAGCCAACCUGACCCCCUCUACAGCCAGCCUGAGCCCCUCUAUAGCCAGCCUGAGCCCCUCUACAGCCAGCCUGACCCCGUCUACAGCCAACCUGACCCCCUCUACAGCCAGCCUGACCCCGUCUACAGCCAACCUGUCCCCCUCUACAGCCAGCCUGACCCCCUCUACAGCCAACCAGACUGCCCAGACUACAUCGUCAGGGUUGACAGCCCUCAGCCAAUCACAGGGCAGGGAGACCACGGAAACCACAACAUCAUUACCAGUUUCAGCUACAAGAGGAAGUGACAUUGCAGGCUAUGUAAUCCUGUUUCUCAUAUUGUUGGCUGUUGUGUGUCUGGUGGUGAUUCUCUAUAUCCUGAGGAAGAAGUCCAGGAGGUACUCGUUUGAUCUGCAGUAUCCAGGUUAUGACCACGACACCCCCCUCACCUGCAUGGAACAACCCGGAACCUUCGAACUCAACAACGAUCAGGAAAUCUGUGAGUCUGAGAGAGAGGGUGGUGAUGAGGAUCCCCAUGCUAUGAGCCCUGUAGCUAACGGCUCAGCUAUGGGGGCUGGAGAGACUGGCUCUACAGGGGAGAACGAAGGAGAGAAGCAGGCUCAUGGUGAUAGUGAUGGAGACAGCUUCAAUAACUUCUGUGCCAGUGAUGUCACUCCGCCCAUAAAAAGGGUUGGCUUUAGCCUGGACCUCGACCUGAGUGACAAGGUGUUACUCGGCUCCAGCCCUGACCUUUUGACCCUUGAGUGACAGGGUGUUACUCGGCUCCGGCCCUGACCUUUGACCCUUGAGUGACAGGGUGUUACUCGGCUCCGGCCCUGACCUUUGACCCUUGAGUGACAGGGUGUUACUCGGCUCCGGCCCUGACCUUCGACCCUGUAUGUCCAGAUAACGUCUUCACCGAGAUCAAGAUGUACAUAGCACCUUUAUUUGAUCUAUAAAAUGUCAGAAUGUAAACCCGCUCCAAAUUAGUUUUUUUACUUUCCUAUUUCUGAUUUCUGUAAUUCAUUUUAAUAAUGUUUUGAGCGUGACAAUACCAAGAGAGCGAUGUCACGUUGUUUUAGAAUAAAAAACAAAGUGCUUCACAGAG